AUGAACCACAUAGAACGUUGUGAAGAAUAUCGAGUACAUCCUGUUUACGUCUUCGUCAUCCGGUCACUUGGGGUCUUGAGGUUCACCGUCAUAUGCAACUUUAAUAAUGAUUUGAUAUUAAAUCGAUUAACUUCAACAGUGAACACAUUUUUUGGUUGGUCUCAAAUUAAUCAAAAGAAUCAUAAAGAUAAUGUAAAUUAUUUCUUCGUUUAA